AAAGUACGCCACUUUGCCCCCAACGUCAGUUAUCACCCGUUUGACAACCCUAAUGUAUUCGGUCCACGGCGGAUUCCCUGUGCAAACCCUAGAGGGUUUAAGAAGAAACAGGGCAGUCGUAAGCUCCAUAACAGUUCUCUUUGUAACCCUAGAAGGAACACAUCAGCCGUAAGCUGAAUCGCCAUCAUCAGAGAGCUCUAGCUGAAGAGUUUAAGCCCCAAAAAAUCCACAGUUUCCAGCUUUCCCAUUGCCAAACAAGUGAAAUUACCAGCACCACAAUUUAUUGGUUUCCAGCUUUCACCUUACCAAGUUUCACCUGCAUCCCAUAAUCUAUACCAAGUUUCACCUGCAUCUCAAAAUCUAGGAAAGUCAGCAGUAGGGGUGAUUCCCAAGGACAUUGCAGUGAAAGUUAUCAAACGCUACCUGAGUGUAGCCAUGGCGAACCCUGAGGAGCAUGACUCUGAACAUGGUUCAUCCUCAGAAGAGGAAGAAGGAAUAGAAAGAGAGCUAGCUGAUGUAUCCUUUGAAGAGCUUCAACGAGCCCUCUCAGAUGGCAGACAUUCUAUUCCUUCUAAAUCAGAUGCAGGGAAGAAAUUUGGAAGGGCCAACAAAAAUAGGCCGAUGGAGAUCAGCUGCAAAAAACCAGUGGGUAGGUUCAGGCAAGUUGUUCAAGGGCCAAAAAAGGUGGUCCGAGAUCCACGAUUUGAAUCCCUUUGUGGGACCCUCGAUGAAAAUGGGUUCAGAAAGAGAUACAAUUUUCUAUUUGAGGUUGAACUUCCUCAGGAACGAGAGAAGUUGCAAAAGGUGCUCAAGAAGACAAAGGACCCAAGUGCUGCUGGUGAAAUAAAGAAGCACAUUUCUUGGAUUGAUCGCCAGCUGAAAGUGCUGUCCACUAAAAGGUCCCAUGUUGAAAAAUUAACAGAGCACAAGAAAAAGGAAAGAGAGGCCGCAAAACAAGGGAAGCGGCCCUUCUAUCUCAAAAAAUCUGAAUUGCGCAAGCAAAUGCUUGUUGAGAAGUAUGAUGAUCUGAAGGUGGCCGGUAAGCUCGAAGCUUUCAUGGCGAAAAAGAGGCGCAGAAAUGCUUCGAAGGAUCACCGCUAUGUGCCAUAUCGUCGAGAUGGUGGAGAGUCUUAAAAGGCUUUAGGUUCUAGAGUCUUCUUGUUUCAACAGGUUAGGAUGGAACCAAGAUUUAAAAAGGUUCCCAUAAAUUUUGGAGUAAAAUGUUUUCGUUUAUUUCUCUGUAUCAACAAGUUGGAGACAGUGUUAAGUUGUUCGGAUUCUAUGCUCUGUUUAUGUACUCAAUUUUUUUUC